AUGAACUCAGAAGAUAUAUCCACCCGAAAAAGAGAUGAUCACCAUGGAGUCGCCGAAGAGAUCGAGAUUUCCCCGGAUAAUGAUAUCGACGAAGUGAAUAAUCCAAAAUUGAUCGUUGAUAAUCGGAAAAAACUCGAAGCCAAAUUUGUUCGAAAGCUGGACAUGAGGUUACUGCCCUUGAUGAUGUUGAUUUAUGUCUUGAACUAUUUGGAUAGAAAUAACAUCGCGACUGCACGUCUCGGGACUUUGGAGCAGGAUCUUGGCCUUCAUGGCAAUCAAUACAACACAAUUAUUAGUCUCUUUUUCGUCGGAUAUAUCUUGACUCAAAUCCCAACUAACAUGAUUCUUAACAAUAUGAGACCGUCUUUAUUUCUGCCAGGUGUUAUGUGUUGCUGGGCGAUUGUCAGCACCUGCACCGGCGCAGUCCAAAGUUAUCGUGGAUUGCUAGCCUUGCGUUUCAUUCUUGGCUUUGUUGAAGCGCCGUUCUUCCCCGGCGCCCUGUUUCUCUUCUCCUCGUGGUAUACUAGAAAAGAGCUUGCCGCCCGCAUCUCCAUCCUCUACGUGGCUGCUCAGAUAUCUGGGGCAUUUGGUGGGCUUCUUGGUAGUGCUAUCAUGUCUGGAAUGGAUGGAAAGGCUGGACUACCAGCAUGGAGAUGGCUAUUCAUUAUUGAGGGGGCUUCCACAAUCCCAGUUGCUCUUUUAGCCAUGGUAACCCUGCCGGAUUACCCAGCAACUACAAAGUGGCUCACCGACGAAGAACGCAUACUUGCCAUCACUCGCCUAGCAGAAGAUGGUAAUGAGAGCGACCACGAUGAAACGAACAACAAAUUCGAAGGUCUCAAACUUGCGUUCAGCGAUCCAGUCCUCUACAUCAUCUGGCUUAUGCAGCUGGGACUGAACACCUCCGCUUGCUUCACUAACUUCUUCCCGACCAUUGUCGCGACAUUGGGAUAUGGUACUACAGAAACACUUCUACUAUCUGCACCACCAUACAUCUUUGCUGCAAUUCUAAGUGUGGCCAACUCCUUCCACAGCGACCGAGUAAGCGAGCGCUGGCUUCAUGUCUUGUGGCCCCAGGUUUUCAGUAGCAUUGGAUUCAUCAUUAGCGCCGUAACAUUGAAUGUGGCAGCCCGGUAUAUUUCCACUUUCAUGAUGAUGUCAAUCUACGCCUCGUUUGGGUGUAUUCUCUCUUGGGUAUCUACGUCUUUGCCGCGGCCUCGAACCAAGCGAGCGGUGGCCUAUGCAGUUGUCAAUGCGGGUUCGAAUUUCGCGUCGAUAUAUGCUAGCUACUUCUAUCCGUCUUCGCAGGGACCGAGAUACUGGCAGGCGAACGUAGCUAACGUGGCUUUCUGUGGACUGUGUAUGUUCAUGGCUACCCUUCUGCACUUUACGCUACAGCGGCGUAAUAGUCGUCUAGAUAAGGCUGCGAAUGUGGAUAUCACGGAUGGACGUGACCCAAUUGAUGAGGGGUCGGAAUGUCAUCAUUUGGCGAAGCGGUGGAACUGUCAUCCAAGUUAUCGGUAUACUACUUGA